GAGUACAGAUAUGUUAAUUAAUAACCAAAUCUAGAUGACUCCUGCUAAUGUCUAACUCCAUGUGGUUACAUGCUGUCAGGAAGAGAUAAUCCAAUCCUAUAAUAAAUCUAUUUGCCAUGCAGAACGUCACUGACAUGAGGCAGACUACCAUACCAAGGCCACUGCCCAUUUACCAGAGUACACUUGGAUUUAGUCCAAAUCAGCUGCUAACAAAAUGAAAACAGUAAAAAGAAAUUAAAAAGUAGCAUAGUAGCACACAUAAUUCAAUCCCUCCCUCUCCUAUCAUUCCUACCUACAAAUAUGCCCAGUCCUCUCCCAGCCUUUUAAAAAAACCUUAUUUAAUCCUACCAUAGGUCAAACAGAUCUCUAAUUCUUUCCUUUAGUAACCAAAUUCCUUGAAAAAAGCUGUCUACUUUUCUUGCCUCUAUUUUCUCUCUUCUCAACUUUCCCAACUCCUUGCAAUUUUUUUCCCAACUUCAUUAUGCAACUGAAACUGUUCUCUUUAAAGUUACAUGGACAUCUUAUUUGUCAUAUUUGAUAGCCCUUUCUCAAUGCUUAUCCUUCUUGACUUUUCAUUAGCAUUAGAUAUUUUUUUGAUCUCUCUGGGUCUUCUCUUUGGAGUUUCAUGACUAUGUUCUCAGCUCUUUCCCUACCUGACUAUUCAAUUUCCUUUGUUGGAUCAUCACAUUGUAGGCACUUAAGUGUUAAAUAUUAAUGCUUUUAUUUUUACCUUUUUGCCAAAUAUUACAUUGCUUUAUUCUUGUUUCCAGUUUAAAUAAUGUUGUUUUUUUUAAAUGAUGUUUUUUCAAGGAACAGUUGGUAGUUGACAACCCAAUUCUAAGUUUUGGUUCCAAAAUUCUGCCUUUCAGAGAUAAUCUUUAGGAUUGUCAAACUUAUCCAGAGGUAAGGUUAGGCAUAGGACUUUGAACACUUUCUUCUGACACUUGGCUUGUAACAACAUGAACUGGUUCAGCAGGAACUCCUACCUGCCCCCUAGCUACCUCUUGAUUCUUGAAUGCACACUACACAUUUUAGUGAGGAGAGAAAGGAAAGAAGUGAACUCCUUGACUUACAGGCUUUUCUCUUUCCUUUUUGCUGAAAGCAGAUUUAGAUUAGCAUUUGUAGAAUGGAAUGGGUUCAUUGGCUGUAAUUACUUUCUCUUUUGGCUAGCCCUACUCUUUCUGCCUCAUAAUCCUUGUCUUCCUUUAAACUUCAAUUCAGGUGUUUCCUUCCCAGUAAACAUUGUCUUGAUAAUCCCAGUAGUUCUUCGUUAUAUCCCGUUUCAAUUUUCCUUUUACUAUUUGUAUUUAUAUCGAUGUUGUAUCCUCCAGCUGAAUAUAUAAACUCCCCAAGAAUGAGGACCAUAAUAUUCUCAACAUCUUCUACACAGUAGGUGUUUAAUAAAUGUUUGAAUUCCCAAAAUGAAUGAAGUGAACAUCCCAAAUCACACUCUUGCAUCUCUAACUUCAAGGUUAGGAUUAGAGUUCAGCUUUAAUGGGUAAAUUUACUAUUUGUGUUCUGCUGACUAAUCUUGCAUUAGGGGCUUCAAAGCAAAAAACUCUUUCCACAACGUCGACAUACAGCAUAAUAGGUUUUUUUAUUCCGAAGUAGCUGGAAGUAUCCUGUUCUUAUAUAAAUGAAUGAGAAUUAGGUUGCCAGUUCAGAAGCAGAAGCAAAAAUGGUUUUUCCAUUUACAGCUGAAAAGGAAAAAUAAAAAAUUCUGCUUCCUUGGCAGCACUCAAACCUCACUACUAACAGCUGUGAUCUUCAAGUUUCCAUUCCCCGAAGUACUUUCAGGUGUCCUGCCUAGACUUUUUAGUGAGGGGGGAAAAAAGUCCCUUGGCAGGUCACAUCCUCUGUAACUGGCAGGAAAAUCAGUUUUUCCCUGCUUCCAUGCUCAGCUUGUUUGCUUAUCUAUUUCCUCGUAGGGAAGGGUCUGCAUUAUAUAAUGUCCGGUCUAGGGGAAUUUUUACCAUGAUCUCACCCCUCCUGUUGCUGCCACUCAAUAAUUUUAGCAUUAUAGACUCUUAGUUCAGUAAAACCUUCUUAGGGAUGUAAAAGGCCAGAGUUAAAAUCUCACUGGUGCAGUGGUCUUGGUCAAAUCCAUAAAUGCUGUAUAGAGAUCUCUGUUCUGUUCCUGAUAUUUCCCUUGCAGUUGUGGGGCAGAAAACACCAUAUGAACUGUUCCCUGGCUCCCUCUGAAGCCACUCUGGCUCUCAGGUAGAUAACCAUUCUCCAGGACUAUGGCAAGAACCUUGCCAGCACUAAGAGAAAGAUCACUUCUCCUCCUUUCCCUCACCCCUCCCUCCUGUAAUUAUGCCAGGCCUGGAGUAGGGAAACCGAAGUUCAAAUCUCACUAUUUAGUACUGCCUGAUACAUAGUAGUCAUUUUGAUCAAUGCUUGGUAAUUGUCUUUCCACACACGCAAGAAAAGUCACAUUCAGCUGCCAACCUAAUCUUAGAAUUCUAUGCUUUCGUUGGAGAAAGAAUGCAAGAAUAUCCAGGGGGAAAAAGCAAAUUGUGGAACUUGAGAGCUUUAUGCACAUUUCUCCUCUAAGUCAAUCUAUUCUCAUUCCACCCGCCCCCCCGAAAAAAAAUUAAAGAAAAAGGAAAAAAAAAAAAAAAAGACAAUACCCUUCCCUUGGGAAUCUGCAACCCUUCCUAGAACCGACAGCCAAUUUUCGUGGGAAUCAGGAAAGGGAGGAUGAUGACCUAUCAUUUAACCCAAAGCACAGGGAGUGGUCCAAGCAAACAACUACCUAGGGCGCUAACAAAUGCGCCAGGGCUGCAGAGCGAGCUAAGGCGCGCACUAUGACUUCAAACAACUUCCUCACUUUAGGGGAAGCGGAGAAUCGCAGAGCAGCCCUGCAAACUCCAAAGGAGUCCGUAGAUCCAAGGUCACGUGACGGUCUCCUCUCCUCCAGCCCCUCCCGCUAGCUCCAGCUCGCUCAGUCGCGACCCGUAGAGGCAGGUGGGGAGGAGAAACGAAUUGGAGACGCUCUGCGCGUUCUCUCACUCGCAAGAGGAGGAGGAACCGAAGCGCUAGGGUGCGCGCACUCGCCAAAGGAGAAACUCAUUAGGCGCGCGCCGACGCCCGCCCUGGAGGAAGCGAGGCUCGAGAGUUGGGGUGCGCGCUCGUGUCCCUUACCCCCCUCACUCCGUCUCCUCCUCCCUUUCCCCUCCCCCCUCGUCCCGCCCUGCCCUGCCCUGCCCGCCCAGCUCGAUUCCUCCCGCCUUCGUUCCCUCCCUCCCCGGCGUUCGGGCCGCGCUCCUCGUUCUCAAGCUGCGGUGCCCGGCCGGCGGCCGCCGCCACUGGAGGAGGUGGAGGGCUCCGGAGGUGCGGGUGGCAGCGGCGGCGGCGGCUGAGGUGGAGGCGGAGGAGGCCGCGGAGGCGGCGGCGGUAAGAUGGCGGACUUCCUGCCGUCCCGCUCGGUGCUAUCCGUGUGCUUCCCGGGUUGCCUGCUGACCAGCGGCGAGGCCGAGCAACAGCGCAAGUCGAAAGAGAUCGACAAAUGCUUGUCGCGGGAAAAGACGUACGUGAAGCGGCUGGUAAAGAUCCUGCUGCUGGGCGCCGGCGAGAGCGGCAAGUCCACUUUCCUCAAGCAAAUGAGGAUCAUCCAUGGGCAGGACUUUGAUCAGCGGGCCAGGGAAGAGUUCCGCGGCACCAUUUACAGCAACGUGAUCAAAGGUGUGAGAGUCCUUGUAGAUGCUAGAGAAAAACUUCAUAUUCCUUGGGGAGAUAAUUCAAAUCAAGUCAAUGGAGACAAAAUGAUGGCUUUUGACACUCGAUCAGCUAUGGCAGCACAGGGAAUGGUGGAAACACGGGUUUUUUUGCAAUACCUUCCUGCAAUAAGAGCAUUAUGGGCAGAUAGUGGUAUCCAGCAUGCUUAUGACCGACGUCGAGAAUUUCAGCUGGGUGAAUCUGUAAAAUAUUUUCUGGACAACUUGGAUAAACUUGGAGAACCUGAUUACAUUCCAUCACAGCAAGAUAUUCUGCUUGCACGAAGACCCACGAAAGGCAUUCAUGAGUACGACUUUGAAAUUAAAAAUGUUCCUUUCAAAAUGGUUGAUGUGGGUGGUCAGAGAUCAGAAAGGAAACGUUGGUUUGAAUGCUUCGACAGUGUAACAUCAAUACUUUUCCUUGUCUCUUCAAGUGAAUUUGACCAGGUGCUUAUGGAAGAUCGACUGACAAAUCGUCUUACGGAAUCUCUGAACAUUUUUGAAACAAUAGUUAACAACCGAGUUUUCAGCAAUGUCUCCAUAAUUCUCUUUUUAAAUAAGACAGACCUGCUUGAGGAAAAAGUGCAAAUUGUGAGCAUCAAAGACUAUUUCAUAGAAUUUGAAGGGAAUCCCCACUGCUUAACAGACGUCCAAAAUUUCCUGGUGAAUUGUUUCCGUAACAAACGCCGGGACCAGCAGCAGAAGCCUUUAUAUCAUCAUUUCACCACUGCUAUUAACACAGAAAAUAUUCGACUUGUUUUUCGUGAUGUGAAGGAUACUAUCCUUCAUGACAACCUCAAACAGCUUAUGCUACAGUGAUGUGCAAAAGACUUUAUUAUAAUGCCCUUCUGUGUUUGUUUGUUUUCUGGGAUUUUUUUUUUUGUUGUUGUUGUUGUCUAUUUUUAUAAAUAGCAGUUUACAACAGGACUACAAAACCUUAAUCCUGUGUUAAACGUUUUGAAAACCGUAGUCUGUCUUUCAUGGACUUUGGUUUGUGGCUGAAAGCUGCUGAAUACCACAUUAUUGCCAACUUCUGCUCAGAUUCAUACUUUGAAUCUUUUCCACUAUAGCUUCAAGUUAAAUCAAAUUGUAAUUCUGUAGCAGACCUCAGUUAAAUUUACUUCAGUCUCUUUCCACUUUUCCAGUCUGAAUUGUAUUUCUGUAGCAGCUGUUACCUUAUAGGUAUAUGGUUAAGAUUAUUCAGUUCUUAAAAACAAAUAAGGUUUCUUUUUUUUGCCUACACUCAGUAGUAUCUUAUUUAGCUUGCAGAGACUGAAAGGGCUGUUGGAAAAGAUUUGAUCCAAGGGAUGGCAUUCCAUGGGCUUAUCAGAGAUUUGGCCUUACUGUUUUUUAAUUAAUAUGCAACUAUUGGGUUGUACAUUUUUUAAAAAGUGUGCUUUUUGAAAGUGAUGUUCUUAAUAUUUUAAAGUUUACAUAAGCAUUUCUGAUUUGAUGCUAAUCAAAGAGUAUUCACAGAUGGUACAAGAAAAGCCAAUAAGUCAACAGACCCUAAGUAAUAUUUUGGUCAAAAUAGAUCAUGAAAUGUAACUUAACUCUUCUUUCUUCCUAUUUAAUGAUGAUAUAUGAAUAAUGUACCAUGUGCUGAAUAUUCUGGCAAUAGUAGUAAAUCAAAGCUGCUUGCAACUUAAGUGACAUGACUUUUAAAAUAAAAUCUUUUCAAAUUCUUUUAUUUGUUUAACUCUCAGACUUUUAAAUCCUGUCUCAGAUGAUUACUGUUUUAAAAAAUGCAAUUGCAACAUCACAGAUACCAUUCUUUUGCUAUUUUGAUCAUUUCAGUAACUUCAGUCUUUGAGGCAUUUUUGUAUCUGUUUGAAACUUGCAAUGGACAGUCAUUUCCCCUUCAAAUUCAGCAAAUCAUUAGAUAGGGUUAUUAAUAAUUUUUGGCAUAUCUCUCUAAAACACAACACUUAUUAGUUGUAUAAUUUCUAUUUAUGAAAUACAUUAUUUUUGGGUGCAUUUUAAGUGAUAAGCCAUAUGCUUUUAAGAAGUUAAUUUUUUUAUAACUCAAACACACCUACAUUUGAUUAAGUUAAACUUGACUCUCCACUGCUUCCUUUUAAAAUCAUUAUGUUUGAAUUAUAUUCCUACUAAACAGCUUCAUAAUUACAAAUGCACUCAUUAUUAAGAUGAUCAGAAUGGUUGUGGUUGCAAUAACAGAAAUACUGUAUUUUAGGUUAUAUGUAGUCUUAGAACUUGGAUUUUAGAAAAAGAUGCACGAUACUUAAUCAAACCUUUUUUCCUUAAAAUUGUGAUUAAGACUGUGACAUAGAUCACUUGACUGUAGCUGACUCUUCUCAGGUAUUUUAUUGGUUAGAAUUUCCUUGAAUGUGUGGUCAAAACUAUGUAUCAUCAAGUCUUUCAGGGGCUGAAUUCACUAAACCAACUGGCUUAAGUUUUAAACUUCAUAGUGAGUUAUCUUUAAACUGGGAUUUUUCUUGACAUUCUUGUUAAAGUAGAUUUCCUUUGACUUCAGGUCCCAUUACCAUCAUUCUAGAAUUUAUUACCUUUCAGUAUUUCAACAUGGUAAUGCAUGAGCAUUCAAAACAUGUACUCUCCCAGAUGGCCCCUGAGGUCCCUUCUAGCUCUAGAUCUAUGCUCUUCCAUCAUAAUUCAACUGUAUAGCAGAUUUCCAUGCAUGUCUAAAGUUUUUCCACACAUAGUGCUUCUGCCAAAAUGAACUUUGUUUUAAAAUCCACAGGAUUAGAAUUAUUUCACUGGUGAAUAUCAGUAAAUAUAUUCAUGUUAGGCUCUUCAACAAAUUAUUAUAUAAAUCCAAUUUAUCAAAUGGUCAAAACAAAGCAUUAACUUUACUGAAGACUAACAUGUUUUUAUAUAUAAAGAAAAAUGUUUUGUCUUUCUAAAUCAUAUUUAAAAUAUGCAAUUGGAGCCAUAAAUAUUUGCUAAAAAGAUAAGAUUACUGAAAUUUACCUAUUUAAAGCAAUCUGCAUUUUUUUUGGAGUGCCAUUUAAUAAUACCUACUAUAAUCUUAGUAAUGAAUUGUUUAUAUCUGCAAAUUGAAAUGGUGAUUUUUUUUGGUGACAUUAUUUUAACAUUUGUUAAUAGUUAUAAUGGAACUGUAAGUCCAAACUUUAGAUCACAUAUCACAUAUCUUAAAAUUAAAGGAAGGAGUCUUAAUAUUUGGAGGACUGAACUUACCUUUGAAAUACCACUAUAUAAGGAAGAAAAUAGUAAAACUUGGGACAGGAUAAAUGAAGUUGCUUGGGUUUAUUUAUUUUUAAAAAUGUGUCAAAAUAAUUUUUUUUUUCACCUAGUCAUUUGAAAAAAGUCAAGUUAAAUGUAUUGUGCCUUAGAACAUGUGAUUUUGUAAGCCUUUUUUGGGGGAGGGAGGAGGUAAUGAAUACUUAGUUACAUUAUGUGAUGUUUACUGAUUUAAUGGUUGUAAGCCUAAAUGCGUUUAAAUUUAAAUUUAUCAAGAAAUGUCACUAAGUGUUUUAAUGGCUUUGGAGAAAUGUAUUUCACAUAAUGUUGCUAUUUAAGCUAAACAAUAUAAAAAAAAUUGGGCCUCAAUUUUACUAUAUGUUUUUUUCUUUAAGUUUCCUAAAGACAUAAAUCCAAGGUGUUAUUUUUGUGCCAAUCAGUAGUAUGAUUCCAUGAUGUCAUUUGAUCAUUUGAUUCAUCAUUUAUCAAAAUUGAGCCAAAUGUUUAAAAUUUUGGUGUAUUUGAUUCAGUUGUGGAAAUGAUUUCUUUUUUAGCUGCCUGGAAAAUAUUUUCAAUCAAAAAUUGGGGAGGAAAACACAGAGAGAGAGGGAAGGAGGAAGUUUUGGGGGGAAUGUAAGGUGUUUUUUUUUAAUUGAAUUAAUUUUAUAUAAAUUUUCUACUAUUUGAUCUUCUACAGUAAAUUUUUUAACAGACUUUUUCAUUUAGAUUGGGCAGGUAUUUUGAAGUAGACAUUAAAAUUAUAUUUCUAAAAAUCAGUACUGGGAAUGAUUGGGCAUUAUACCAGUUUAUAUUCAUAUAAUUUUUUUGAUAGGAUAAGAAAGAGUUAGGCAAACCAAGACUUUGUAUGUUCAGAUUAUUAAUUUUUUGGAGAAAUUUAUUUUACAUUAAUAUACAUACACAGUUUUUUUCUCGGUAUUUAUGUGAAAUAAAUUUACCAAGUUAUUAUGUUCUUCCACAUGUUGGAAAAUCUUCAAAUUAUUAUUUUAAUAAGAUAAUACAUUUGGGUUGAGCCAGAAAUAAAGAAAAUUUAAUUUUAAGUUAGGUUCCUUCAAUUGCAGAUUUUAUAGCACGUAUUCUUUGUAUAUAGAAAUAAGAUUAACUAUCAGUGUUAACUCUGAAUUUCUGGAGUCCAUGAAAUCAUACUUAUUUAGCCUAUACAAAAAAAGUAGUGACAAAAGCCCUCUUAAAAAAUUUUUUUAGGCCACAUUUUUUUGGGGGAGAAUCUUUAAAAAACAUAAAUAUCUUUGUUGUUGAAAAUUAUUUUGUUGUUUUACUUUUCAAAAAAAAUAUUGGGUCAGCCUUGUUUUUCUUUUUCCAUUUCAAUAUUUGCAAUAUACCCUUGAAGUAGAUCUUUUAUGCUGCUUGAUUUUUUAAAUAUUAAUUCCUUAAAAAAGAAAUUUAUUACCUGUAGCAGGAUAUAUAGAUUGGUUACAUGGUAUAUAGUGAGCAUUAAGGGAGUAUAUUAUUAAUGGUUUACAUCAAGGAACAGAUAAAUCCAUGGACUAACCAGAAGUAAAUUUUUAAUAACAGUUUGUAAUAAAGUUCCAUUAUGUUAUGUAUGGUACGAUGUCAGAGCUUAAUAGACUUAUAAUAGAUGUGGAAAUAUAGUAAUAAAGCUGCAGAUUUUGUUUAACAAUUUGAACUUUAACUAGAUGUAUUUUCCAAGUACCAUCAAAUAGGUAUUAGACUUGGCAUUUUAAGUAAUAACAUCAUUUGAGGUACAUUUUACAGACCACUAUAUUGCAGUCUCUUCACAUAUACUUGAAUGUAAUUAACAUUUUCAAAAGAGUUCACUUUUGUGAUGUUCAAGUUUAAUCAUUUGGUUCCAAAUACCAUUACUGUUCAUAUACCAAAAUUUAUUUCUUAUAAAUCUUAGAUUCAAGCAGUGCUUUUUGAGGUUGUAGAAAAUUUUCAUAAUUUAGCGUAUUUUGCCACUGAUUGUGUUGCUAAAAAUUUCCAGUCAAUAAGAAUUAGACAUCUACUUUGUGCCAGGCACUAUACACUGAUAAGUCAAAGAUAAGACCCAUGGCGAGAAUUUAAUCCAGUAAGGACAUUAUAAAAUAGUUACACAUGAUUUUAGUAUUUUACAUUACAGGAUUGUUGCCGAGAUACUGCUUUAAAUCUGUGAAAAAGUUUCUUUGUCCUUAAAGCAAUGUUAUAAUGAAUAUGCACUACUCAGCAACUAUCCUUAUUUAAUGGUACCAGAAAAAAAACGUUGAUUCAGUUCUUGGAAAAUUAUGCAACAUUGCUGCAAAUUAAUAUUUACCACAUGUUUGCCUUUUACUUGAAAACAGGUAACUAAAUUGCAAAAUAUUUUAAAUGGCUUUUCUGUAUUCUAUCUAUAAUGGUAAGAGCUUAGUUACCAUAAGAAGCCUUAUCUAAAAAUAUAUUUUGUAACAACCAUAAUAGAUACUGUAUCAAAUAAAACAUGAUUUGUAUUAGCUCUAUAUAAAAGUAUUUGUGGCUUGGGACUUUUUAUACAUAAAACUUUUAUAAUCUUUCCAGGGACUAAGUAUCAUCUGAUAUCAUUGUAAAUUUUACCAUCUAUACUUUAGUUUGAUUGGCAAUAAAUUAUUUCUAGAAGAGGUCUAAAAAAGAAAAUAUUUGAUUUUAUAAGGUGAUUGAAUUGCUAGUAUAGUAAAGCUUUUUACUUUUGUAUAUACUUUGCAGACAUUUUGCUUUUUGCUAUUAAUAUUUGCAUUGUAAAAAUUACUGACAUUUAAUAAACACAUUUAUAAACCA